ACCAUCUCACUUCCUCAAUGCAAAACCACAAAAGCGUUAUCACACAAAAAGCUCGUCUACAAGUUUAGAUCAUCAUUUUGUCUUUGUUCGUGCUCAUUUCAACAUCAUGGCAGAUCAAUACCAGCUCAGGGAAAUGAAAACAAGGCUGCAGUCGAAACGACUAGUCGUGGCAUGUUCGAUUUCUUGAAGAAGAAGAAGGAUAAGGAUGUUGCCAUGGCAGACGCCACCAGGGAGAGAAGCCUACCCUCAAGGAGAAACUCCACCGUUCAAGUAGCAGCUCUAGCUCGUGGAGAAGAAGAAAUUGGAGAAGAUGGGGUUGAGAGAAAUAAGAAAAAGGCAUUGAAGGAGAAGCUCAAGGAAAAGAUAUCCGGCCACAAGGAGGGAGCAGAGCACAAGGAUGCACCAGCCCCAGUUGAAAAUCCAGAGAAGAAGAAAGGCAUUUUAGAUAAGAUCAAAGAGAAGCUUCCUGACCACCAUAAGAAUGCAGACGAGCAUCUUCCGGAUAAUGAGCCAAAAGAAAAGGGAAUCCUGGACAAGAUCAGCUAGAAGAUGCCUGGCUGCCAGAAGACUGAGGAGGAGAAAACUAAGGAGAAAUGAAGUUUAAUAAGAAACAAUGCUUUUUCAAGUGCUGCUUCUCUGUUGCGUCAUUGUAAUGUUUUUAUGUUCUUGAAAACUGUUUCAUCUGCUUGUAGGAUUCUGGAUUUGAUCAUUUCUGCAUAUUGUAUCAAGUAUUGGCUAUUGUAAUGUCUAUCAGUGUAAUGUAUUUCACUUGAAGAAGUUAGUUUAUCCUUAGGAGCCCUACAUCCUCAAUGCAUAAGAAAGAAAUUAUUCUAAA